GCCUAUCUUCCCCUACGCUCCUCACAAGCGUAGCAAAGUAUACGCAGCGACCAUGACAUCAGCGGCAACGAAAAAGGCCAUAAAGGGUAUCCGUGCCAAGCUCUCCGAUGGCGAGAACGAGGGUGCACUCUACGAGUCUACGCAGCUGCUCAAGCAGCUUGGCGAAAAGGAUCCCGAGGCGCCAACAGUCUUGGCCUACCGUGCCCUCGCACUCACCCACUUGGAACGCACCGAUGAGGCGGAGAAGUCCUACAUUCAAGCACUCAAGCUCCAGCCUGGACACCCGUUGGCCACGCCUGGCCUCAAGAAGCUCUACACGAGUCAGCAGAAAUGGGAGGACCUCGCGCGGUUGCUCGAGACGGCCGUCCAGACAGCCUAUGAUGCGCAAGUAUCCGCUGUUAUUUCAAUGCGUGAUACCGAGAAGCUCACUGCUGCAUUCCAAGAGGUUGUCGAGUUCCGCCAGAAGCAUGGUCCGGAGGAGGCACUCUGGUCGACCCUCGGCCUCCUGGUGCCCUCGUCCCCCAUUGUGCCGCUGAUCAUGUCGAGCCUGAUCCCAGCGGGCACAUACGUCCCCCUCGCUGUGCCGACCUACCCUGCUCCAGCCAAUGCUCCUCCCGUCAAGCUUCCCAAGCCCUUACCCCAUGUCCACCACUUGGCUGGCUCCUUGACGCUAGUGCUUCUCCUCCUCCUCAGGACGCAGGCGCAGAUUCACUCUGUCACUGAGCAGAAGGUCAAGGCGGGGCGCCUGCGACUUGGAGCUGGCACAGAGCGCGACGUACGUCGCCGCGUCGACGCCGAGGUCCUCGGCGGCCCCCUCGGCUCCACCCUGCUUUCGCUCCUCCGUGAUGUUGCUGCCCACCCCUCGGUCGACGAGGCGGUGCGUCGUGACGUCGAGGUUCAGGAGUUCCAGUACUGGAAGAGGCUGGUCGAAGUGAUACAACCCCCGGAGAAGGCCAAGCCGGCCUCGAAAGCGUCAGCCAAGACCGACACCAAGCAAGGUGCCAAGAUUGCUCCGCCUGCCAGCGCCAAGCUACCUCCUAAGCCAUCAAUGAUCGUUGGUGGCAGGCCUGCGUCGAAGGACCCCUCGCCCGAGCGUAAGCCUACCGCGACAGGACUCCCGGUACUCCCGCUCUUUGAAGACGAACCUGUCACCACUGUGACCAAGGAGGAAGCACGUCAGCGCGCUGAUGGUCUUGCCGACGGCUUUGUUCUCCUUGGUGUUGGUGGAACCGCGGAGGAGGCAUGGACAUGGGUGCUGGACGGUCGCGACGAGCCCACAAUCUUCUACGACAUCGACCUUCUUCACAAGUUUGCCAACACCUUCCCCGAGUCCACUCUGACCGACUUUAUUGACGAUUACUGCCGUCUGUUCAAGCUGCCUCUUCCGAAGCCCGAUGACGAUGCCGCGGCCAAAGAGCACGGCGAGGAGAAGAACAAGCACAAGGGACGCCGUGGGCACAAGCUCAAGACCAACGCGCGUGCACGCCGCAAGCAACGCCGUAUGGCGGGGCAGAAAGGCGAGCUGCCCGAGGAUGUGGACGAGGAAGAGCGCGAGGAGCUUAUUGCCUCCAUGACCAAGCUCCUUGCCCGCCUCAAGCAGUCCAUCUUCGCUCAACGCGUGAUGGCACGCGUUGCCAUCACGGACGAUGACUGGGUCAACGCUAUUGCGUACGCCGAGCAGGGCCGCAAGGUUGUCAAGGAUGUGGAGAACGUCCGUGGCAUUUCGCUGUCCAACACAUGGGCUUCGCUGGAUGCUGCCCUUGGCGUCGCACUGGUGCCGUACUACCCUCCCAAACACCACAAUCGUGCGACUCGACUCCUCGACGGCGUUCUCAAAAACUCGCCUGGCGAUUACGAGGCACGCUUCGCUGUCGGCCAGAUCAAAGAGACGGCUCAAGACUGGGAGGGUGCUCGCGCAGAGUUCCAGACUCUGCUCGACCAGGGUGGUGACGACAAGGAGAUGGUUGCUGCUCGUGAGGAGCUCGGCUGGUGUCUUGUCAACGAAGGAAAGCUCGAGGAGGGUAGGGACGUCUUAGAAAGCGUCGUCGAGAUCCGCGACACUCGCAAGGAGCAAGAGGGCAAGAACGACGAGGCGUACCCCCGAGCCAGAGCUUGGUGGCGCCUUGGUCGCACUGAGUGGAUGAUCGGAGACGACGAGAGCCGCAAGAACGCCGAACAGUGGUUCAUGGCUUCGCUCCGUGCCGAUGCCUCUUUCGCGGCGUCGUACACCGCCCUCGGCAUCUGCUAUGCCGAGGCGCACUCGCCGCCCGAUACUGAGCGUGCCCUCAAGUGCUUCCAGAAGGCAUUCGAGCUCGACGCCACAGAGGCCGAUGCUGCCCGUCGCCUUGCGUACGGCUAUGCCGACGAGGAUGAGUGGGCACAGGUUCGUGCCAUUGCCACGCGCGUUAUGGAGGGAGAGGGAGGUGUCGAAGGCGUCGCCGGUGGCGCCGUUGUCAAUCCCACUGGCCGUUUUGCACCUAAGAACGGGUGGGCGUGGAAGGCUCUCGGCUCGACCGAAAUGCACUACAAGAACUACUACAAGGCUAUCGAGGCGUACCAGAUUGCUCUCCGUGCUGAGCCCGACGACGCCGGCAUGUGGCGCAUGCUUGGCGACGCGUAUGUCAAGUCUGGCCGCCACCUUGCUGGCCUCAAGGCGCUCGAACACGCCUUAGACCUCGACCCUACCAUGUGGAUGGCCCGCUACCACAUUGGAGAGGUGCACGUCCAGCUUGGCGCGUACGACGCUGCGAUCGAGGCCUUCGAGGCUGUCGACGCGGAGACCCACGGCUCCGAGGUCGGUGUGACUGCUGCCCUGGCCGAGGCAACGCUCGCUCUUGGUCGCCGUGCCGCCGCUGGUGGCUUCCGCGAGCGCUCGAGAGCUGCGUACUACGCUGCUAUCGAGUAUGCUCUCACCGUUCUGGCCGCUGCCCGUGCCCACCGCCCGUGGGGAUGGAAGCUGAUUGGCGACGCCUGCCUUCAGCUGGCCGAGCACGAGGCGGACCCCGCUGAGAUGGAGAAGAGUGCUGUUGUCCUCCAGCCAGUCCUGGAGCACCUCGUCGCCGACGAUGAGGACCGCCGCUCGGCCGUCGCGGGGCUCGGCCAUGCCUCGAACCUCCUUCAAACGGCUGCUGGGCCGCAGUACACUGCCAAGGCGGCCGUGUUCGCCAUGGCAUACCGCGUCCACCUGCUCAAGAAUGAGAUCCGCGUCGCCAACUCUUCGCUCUACGACCUUGCGUGUGCCCUGCACGAGCUCGCAGUGAACACUCUGGUUGCGGACGAGCGUACCGCUGCCACUAAGGCUGCCGUCUCGGCUAUUCGUCUAGCCCUCGAGCGCGAUGCCGGCGACGAGCGGCUGUGGAACGCCCUCGGUGUCAUCUGCUCUGCGGCAGGCAAGCAGCUCGCCCAGCACUGCUUCGUAGUCUCGCUCGAGUGCUACGCCAAGGACCCUGUGGUGUGGACCAACCUCGGCUACCUCUACCUUUCGCUCGACGACCGCGAGCUUGCGAAUGAGUGCUUCCUCAAGUCACAGACCCUCGAUCCCGACUAUGCUCGCGCGUGGUUUGGACAGGGCCUGCUGGCCGAGCGCGAUGGCGAGCGGCACCAGGCGACCGGGCUCUUUGCGCAUGCCGUUACGCUUUCCGCCGGCUCCCUCCUGGAAGCCGAUCUCGCCCUUGCGGUUGGUUCGUUCAGCCGCUUCCUCGCCCCCGGUCAGCGCGACACCCGCCCGCUGCAGCAGCCUGCGUUCGCCCUGCGUCGCUACACUCACUCGCACCCUCGCGACGUUGCCGCGAAGCAUCUGUACGCCCUGGUCUGCGAGCGCCUCGGCCUGGCGGACAUCGCUGCGGAUGCGCUUGAGACGGCCGCGACUCUCCUCGAGGAGGAGUUUGAGACCUCUGAGUCGGCUGAGGUCGAAUCACAGUACGCCAUUGCGCUGUGCAACCUCGGUCGCAUCGACCUUGCUGCUGGGCGCUACCUCCCGGCGUUGACAGCGUUCACCAACUGUGCGGAGCUGGCCGAGGGCAGCGCAGAUCCCCAGGUCGUUGGCCUCACCGUGCAGGCUCGUCUUGGAAGCGCUCUUGCGCACUUCUGGCUUGGUGACAUGGACAAGAGCCUCGAGUCGUUCCAGUCGGCCCUGGACGCCGCGAAGAAUGACCCAGCAGUGACUGACGAGUUGGUCGUGCUCCUUGCGCGCACGUUGUGGAGCGUCGGCGGCGAGGAUGCGCGUGACGCGGCCAAGGCGCAUCUGAUGGAUCUCGAGCACCCUGACCCGAGUAUCAAGGUUGUGGCGGCGCUUGGCGCUGUUGGCCUGGCGUCUGGUGAUCCCGACCUCGUCGAGGCGGCCACUGCCGAGCUCAACUCUGCGCCUGCCGCCCGCAGACUGGCACAAGACCCCGAGGGCACUGCGGACAUGGUACAGUUCGCCAACGCCAUCAUCAACAUCGACCAGGAGGUGGCUGUAGGUGCACUGGAGGAGGCUGCAAUGCUCAACCCCGGUGCCGCUGGGCCGCGCAACCGCCUCGCGAUCGGGUACAUUGGGUCUGGGAAGAUUCAAGAGGCCAAGGCCUUACUCCGCGGUGUGCGCGAAGCUGCAGUUCCCGACGCUGUUGAAGCGACCCGCCUCCGUGGCAUUACCAACACACUCGAUGGCGAGGAAGACACGGUUGAGCUGCAGAAGGCGGUCCUCCUCGCGCCCUGGGACACCGCGGCAUGGGAGUCGCUCGCGUGGGCCAAGCGUGCUGUGCAGGAAGUGGCUGGGGAGGUGGGUGCGGCUGAGUAAGUCAAGAGUACAGAGCAUACAUCAAAUCCAG